GUUCUGCUGCUGCUGGUGCUCCGUGCGACAGGCAGGGCUUGCUUGCUUUGAACGCAAGGUUUGCAGUCCGCGAUGCUGCUGUGAGACCCACGGCCUCGAUGAAAGUCCGCUGAAAAUAUAUCAACCUCACACUGCCCAAUUCUCGGAUGGAAAAGGAAAAGAAGCGAGCCAACUGGUGAAUAAUCCCCGACUGGAGUUACACCGAGAACAGGCCAAGAAACACUCGGAUAUACCAAGGCAAGCAGCACACCUCAUAUCUAGAUUCAUAAGUCGCAUUCGCAAGCACCAACUGCCGUCCUAAAUUGUCCAGAAAGGGAGUGCAUCGCUUACUCACUAGUUUUAACGCCAUUGCCGACGAAGCAAGACUCGUAAAAGGAUUAUGUGUUGUAGUCGGAUAUGGAAACGUGACUCCGAGUAACAAUAUGACGUCAUGGAAUACGCCGUUUUCGUGAGCCAAGCUGGACUGCACGCGUGAAACAUCCCUCAUUAGGAGGGUGGUGUCAAGGUAGCGAUAGGUCAGAGAGGAUGAUGCGCUAUGCUAUCGCCUCAGGUUGCUGCGAGGCCCCCGCCCGGAGGAGCGCUGCCCCACUUGCCGCUGAGAGAAUCGCAGCUGCAAGUUCCACCCCCUUGGAGACCUGUCGCCGCCGAAGUACUGCUUGAGCGAACCAGCCGGCAUCCCGAAGCUAGCUGCUAGCCCAUUACCUUCUCAGCCCAUUGUCUGUACCCCCAGACAAUGUCUGAAGACUCGGAAAGCGUCUCUGAGGAAGAACGCAGCUUGUUCCGUCCUUUCACGCGAGAAUCUCUUGCAGCUAUCGAGGCGCGCAUUGCCGAGGAAUAUGCCAAGCAGAAGGAGCUUGAAAAGAAGAGAGCGGAAGGAGAGGAUUUUGGGCGGAAGAAAAAGAAAAAAGAAGUUCGGUAUGAGGACGAGGACGAAGAUGAAGGCCCCCAACCGGACCCUACCUUGGAGCAGGGCGCACCAAUCCCAGUGCGUCUGCAGGGUGGCUUCCCUCCAGAGCUUGCAUCCACCCCUCUAGAAGAUAUUGAUAGUUUUUAUCAUAACCAAAGAACAUUUGUGGUGAUAAGCAAAGGAAAAGACAUCUUCCGCUUCAACGCAACCGACGCCAUGUGGCUGUUGGACCCAUUUAACCCCAUACGUCGUGUGGCUAUUUGUAUCUUGGUUCACCCGUUGUUCUCGCUGUUCAUCAUCACUACCAUCCUGACCAACUGCAUCCUCAUGAUCAUGCCCACAACGCCCACCGUCGAGUCCACAGAAGUAAUAUUUACUGGCAUCUACACAUUUGAAUCUGCAGUCAAAGUGAUGGCUCGCGGGUUCAUAUUGCAGCCGUUUACCUACCUUAGAGAUGCAUGGAACUGGUUGGACUUCGUAGUUAUAGCUUUAGCCUAUGUAACUAUGGGAAUAGAUUUGGGCAACCUUGCUGCCUUGAGAACAUUCAGGGUUCUUCGGGCGUUGAAGACUGUGGCCAUCGUGCCAGGCUUGAAGACGAUCGUGGGUGCCGUGAUAGAGUCUGUCAAGAACCUGCGGGACGUAAUCAUUCUCACCCUGUUUUCACUUUCUGUAUUUGCCUUACUUGGACUCCAAAUUUAUAUGGGUGUCCUAACCCAAAAGUGCAUAAAAAACUUCUCCGCCGACGGGUCUUGGGGGAACCUUUCACACGAAACCUGGCACAAAUUCAUGAGCAAUGAUUCCAACUGGCACUACGGCGACCCCCCUACCGCUGACCCGCCUCUGUGUGGCAAUUCGUCCGGAUCAGGAAUGUGCCCACCAGACUACACGUGUCUGCAAGGCUUUGGGCCGAAUCCAAACUACGGCUACACAAGCUUCGACACCUUCGGCUGGGCCUUCCUGUCAGCGUUCCGUCUCAUGACCCAGGAUUAUUGGGAGAAUCUUUACCAAUUGGUGCUGCGAUCAGCAGGGCCAUGGCACAUGCUUUUCUUCAUCGUGAUCAUUUUCUUGGGUUCGUUUUAUCUCGUGAACUUGAUUUUGGCCAUCGUCGCCAUGUCAUACGACGAGUUGCAGAAAAAGGCUGAAGAGGAAGAAGCCGCCGAAGAAGAGGCUAUGAGAGAAGCGGAAGAGGCUGCAAUGGCAAAGCAGAAGAAAAUCGAUGACGCGGCAGCGGCGGCUGCAGCCGCUGCAGCCGCCGUCGCAAACGAAGGGGUCGUCAAGUCGCCAUCUGACUUCUCCUGUCACAGCUACGAACUGUUUGUUGGGCAGGAGAAAGGUAACGAUGACAAUAACAAGGAGAAAAUGAGCAUCAAAUCGGAGGGAGGAGACUCGAUAAGUGAGCACCACAGCCGCGCCAAUGGCAAGGUCCGCAAGGUUUCGAGUCAGAUGCGCGAUAAUUACCCGGCUAAAAGUCAGUAUACUAGCGCUUACCAGGAGAGCUUAAUGAAGGCGAGUCUCAGCCUUCCCGGUUCUCCGUUUAACAUCAGAAGAGGCUCUCGAGGAAGUCAUCAGUUUACAUUAAGAAAUGGUAGACGUUUCGGUGAUAAAAAGCCAUUAGUGUUAUCAACGUACUUAGAUGCACAAGAACAUUUGCCGUAUGCUGAUGAUUCGAAUGCGGUUACCCCCAUGUCUGAGGAGAACGGAGCCAUUAUCGUACCCGUCUAUACCACAUUAGGCUCGAGGCAUUCGUCCUACACAUCGCACGCCUCGAGAUUAUCCUACACCUCCCAUGGUGACCUCCUCUGCGGGAAAGGGAUGACCAAGGAGUCACGCUUAAGAAGUAGAUCCAGAAACCCCUGUUCAUACGUGCCUGAAGUAAUAAUGGACAGCAACAACAAAUAUGCCCGCGACUUUGAGUCGCUGGGUGCAGAGAGCGAAGAUGGGGCGGCCAAAGGCAAGCACCAAGAGAACCCAUUUAUCGAACCUGCACAGCAUCAAACUGUUGUAGAUAUGAAAGAUGUGAUGGUGUUAAACGAUAUUAUCGAGCAGGCGGCAGGCCGCCAAAGCCAAACCAGUGACCAUGGAGACGACGACGAAGAAGGUCCUAAAUUCAAGGAGAAGGCGAUCGCAGCCUGCACGAAGGGCAUCGACGUCUUCUGCGUGUGGGACUGCUGCUGGCCGUGGCUGAAGCUCACAGAGUUCGUCAACUUCAUAGUGUUUGAUCCGUUCGUCGAGCUCUUCAUCACCCUGUGCAUCGUGGUGAACACACUGUUCAUGGCCCUCGACCACCACGACAUGGACAAAAACAUGGAGAAAGCGCUCAAGAGCGGAAACUACUUUUUUACAGCAACUUUCGCGAUUGAGGCGACCAUGAAGUUGAUAGCCAUGAGUCCAAAAUAUUAUUUUCAAGAAGGCUGGAACAUAUUUGAUUUUAUAAUCGUAGCGUUAUCAUUGUUAGAGUUAGGACUUGAGGGAGUACAAGGUCUCUCCGUGUUAAGGUCUUUCAGAUUGUUGCGAGUGUUCAAACUGGCCAAGUCGUGGCCCACUCUCAACUUGCUCAUAUCUAUCAUGGGCCGAACAGUAGGUGCCCUGGGUAACUUAACAUUUGUAUUGUGCAUUAUCAUCUUCAUCUUCGCCGUCAUGGGGAUGCAACUUUUUGGCAAGAAUUACGUCGACAACGUGAGCAGAUUUCCUGACGGGGACCUGCCAAGAUGGAAUUUCACAGACUUCAUGCAUUCCUUCAUGAUCGUUUUCCGAGUGUUGUGCGGAGAAUGGAUCGAAUCAAUGUGGGACUGCAUGCACGUCGGCGACUGGUCGUGCAUUCCAUUUUUCCUCGCCACGGUUGUCAUCGGCAACUUGGUUGUAUUAAACCUCUUCUUGGCCUUGCUCUUGUCCAACUUUGGUUCGUCGAACUUGUCAGCGCCCACUGCUGACAACGAGACCAACAAGAUCGCUGAAGCCUUCAACCGAAUCGGCAGAUUCAAAGCUUGGGUCAAAAGAUCGAUUGUUAACAUGGCCAAAGCACUGAGAGCCAAAUUAACAAAUCAGAUAUCAGAUCAGACGCCAGGUGAGGGCCCCUCUUCAAGUUGGAAAGAAGAUGCUCACAUAGGCGACACAGACAACGACCUCAAUGCCGACGACAUUUUGGCCGACGGCAUCGUCUACAAAGACAAGAAGAGUCCCAAGGACCAGACGCAGCUCGAGGUGGCCAUCGGGGACGGAAUGGAGUUUACCAUUCACGGAGACCUGAAAAAUAAAAUCAAAAAGGGCAGGAUGUUGAACAACAUCAAGGCUGGCACUGGAAAUUCAAUAAAGGAAAACCACGACAACAGAUUUGACAAUUCUGUGAUUCAUAGAGACGACGAUGCCUUAAGUACUAAAUCAUACGGGAGCCAUAAAAACCAUCCAUACAGAAACGAUAGCCAUAAAGGAAGCGUGGAAACCAUCGAGGACGAAGACACCGACGGUGAGGAGAAAAGAGACGCAAGCAAAGAAGAUCUCGAUCAAGAUGGUUCGGAACAAACUUUUAUAUCAAAACUUUUAUUGAAAUUCGCUGUUGCAGAAAUGGAGGAGGAUUGCGAAGAGGAAGGAGAGGAGGAGCAGCACAUCGUGCUGGACGCCAACGCCGACGACGUCCUCCUGCAAGAAUACCCGUCGGAUUGCUUUCCGGAAAUCUGGUACAAGCGGUUCCCCUUCCUGGCGGGCGACGACGACGCACCCUUCUGGCAGGGGUGGGCUCACCUUCGCCUCAAGACCUUUCAACUGAUCGAAAACAAAUACUUUGAAACUGCGGUCAUUACUAUGAUUCUCCUCAGCAGUCUGGCACUGGCUUUGGAGGACGUCCAUCUGCAACACCGACCAAUCUUGCAAGACAUUUUGUACUACAUGGACAGAAUUUUCACAGUGAUCUUUUUCAUCGAGAUGUUGAUCAAGUUCCUCGCCCUCGGUUUUGCCAAGUACUUCACCAACGCUUGGUGCUGGCUCGAUUUCGUUAUUGUCAUGGUGUCCCUAAUUAACUUCAUAGCGUCACUGGUUGGUGCUGGAGGCAUUCAAGCCUUCAAAACUAUGAGGACCCUGCGAGCGCUGAGACCUCUCAGAGCCAUGUCUCGUAUGCAGGGAAUGAGGGUCGUAGUGAACGCUUUGGUGCAAGCCAUCCCGUCCAUUUUCAACGUGUUGCUCGUGUGUCUGAUCUUCUGGCUCAUUUUCGCCAUCAUGGGCGUUCAACUGUUUGCUGGCAAAUAUUUCAAGUGCGUGGACGCCAACAAAACCACCAUCAGCCACGAAAUCAUUCCAGACAGAAACGCGUGCAUCGCUGAAAACUACACGUGGGAAAACUCGCCCAUGAACUUUGACCACGUCGGAAAAGCCUACCUGUCGCUUUUCCAGGUCGCCACCUUCAAGGGUUGGAUUCAAAUCAUGAACGACGCGAUAGACUCAAGAGAGGUGGACAAGCAACCGAUUCGAGAGACAAACAUCUACAUGUACUUAUACUUCGUGUUUUUCAUCAUCUUCGGGUCCUUCUUCACUUUGAAUCUGUUCAUUGGUGUCAUCAUCGACAACUUCAAUGAGCAGAAAAAGAAGGGGGGAUCACUUGAGAUGUUCAUGACAGAUGACCAGAAAAAGUACUACAAUGCCAUGAAGAAGAUGGGCUCGAAAAAGCCGCUGAAGGCCACACCUCGACCGAGAUGGCGACCGCAAGCAAUUGUUUUCGAAAUCGUGACGAACAAGAAAUUCGACAUGAUAAUCAUGUUGUUCAUCGGCUUCAACAUGUUGACCAUGACCAUGGAUCACUACCAACAAUCAAACAAUUUCACUCUGAUGCUGGACGUCCUCAACACAAUAUUUAUUGUGAUUUUCAGCUCCGAGUGUUUGAUGAAGAUUUUCGCCCUGCGCUACCACUACUUCAAGGAGCCGUGGAAUCUUUUCGAUUUCGUGGUUGUGAUUCUCUCAAUCUUAGGUCUGGUACUGAGCGACUUGAUUGAGAAGUACUUUGUGUCGCCCACGCUGCUUCGAGUGGUGCGAGUGGCCAAAGUGGGUCGUGUGCUGCGCUUAGUGAAGGGUGCAAAGGGCAUUAGGACGUUGCUCUUUGCCUUGGCGAUGUCGCUGCCGGCGCUGUUCAACAUCUGCCUGCUGCUUUUCUUGGUGAUGUUCAUCUUCGCCAUCUUCGGCAUGUCCUUCUUCAUGCACGUCAAGGACAAGAGCGGGCUGGACGACGUGUACAACUUCAAGACGUUCGGCCAGUCCAUGAUCCUGCUCUUCCAGAUGUCCACCUCGGCCGGCUGGGACAGCGUGCUCGACGGCAUCAUCAACGAGGAGGACUGCGAAGAGCCCAACCCGGAGAUAGGCAACCCGGGCAACUGCGGCAGCAGCACCGUCGGCAUCACCUUCCUGCUGUCCUACCUGGUCAUCAGCUUCUUGAUCGUCAUCAACAUGUACAUCGCCGUGAUCCUCGAGAACUACUCGCAGGCCACGGAGGACGUGCAGGACGGUCUGACCGACGAUGACUACGACAUGUACUACGAGAUCUGGCAGAACUUUGACCCGGACGGCACGCAGUACAUCCGCUACGACCAGCUGUCCGACUUCCUGGACGUGCUGGAGCCGCCGCUGCAGAUCCACAAGCCAAACAAGUACAAAAUCGUCUCGAUGGACAUCCCCAUCUGCAAGGGCGACCUCAUGUUCUGCGUGGACAUUCUGGAUGCGCUCACCAAGGACUUCUUCGCGCGCAAGGGCAGCCCAAUCGAGGAGACGGCCGAGCUGGGCGAGGUCAACACGCGCCCCGGCGAGGUCGGCUACGACCCGGUCUCGUCGACGCUGUGGCGCCAACGCGAGGAGUACUGCGCGCGGCUGAUCCAGAACGCGUGGCGCAAGCACAAAAACAACGCGCGCAACAAGCCGUCGAGCGACGCCGGCGACGUGUCCGACUCGCAGGCGGCCGACGGCGGCGACGGCGGCGCCGCCCAGACCUCCGUAGUCGUCGAGAGCGACGGCUUCUCCACCAAGAACGGACACCGCGUCGUGCUGCAGCACUCGCGCUCGCCGAGCGUGACGUCGCGCUCGACCGAUGUCUGAGACAGGCCACCCCGUGCGCUGGACACCACCCCCGAGUAGGUGCGGUGCGUGUCGGGCCAAAGAACGCUGCUGAACCAAACACAACUGGCGUGAGUUCGGGCUCUCGCACAAUCACCAGACGGAAGGAUCCAGCUAGCUGGCGAGAGAGGACUACUCGUUUUGAUCCCGUUUUCUUCCUCGGUUUCCUCCCUCUUUUUGUUUGACCAAUGAAUCAAAAAAAAAAAAAAUACGCGACGAACGAGACGAGAUGAGAAAUUAUUACAGUAAAAAAAGAUUAAUACAAAAAAAAUAUGGAAAACCUCAACACUCUGAAAUACAGACAAACACACGCUCGCUGCUUUUGAUCUCCGCUGCCUAUUUAAAGAUUAUAUAAAGUAUAUAACUCACUCACUAUCUCUCUCUUCUCACUCUCAACGCGAAAUCGUGAUUUUGCCCGACUCUCUUAUAUAAGAUGUAUUCGACCUCCGCUACGAAUUUCCCUCCGAGGAGCGCAACAACAAGUAUAACGCUGCUGAUCAACUUUUGUGUUCUCUCACCGAUGCUCUUCUCUCUCACUCUCAACUAUACUCACCCCCCAACUUGCGCCACCUUUGAUUUCACAACCAGUUUACAAUCUUCUCAGCGUUUCGGCUUUGAUUGAGAAAAUGUUUCAACUAAGGCGUACGGGAGUUUGAUUCUUUUACAAUAAAUGCCAUUUAUUGAAUAGACACUUUGUACAACAUUUGCUGCUUCCAGAGGUGCUGCAGACAGACCAAUUGAUAACAAUUUUCGCAAAAAAAAAAUUAUUCAGAACAACCACGUAGCUCGUACAACUAUAAUACACCACCUCUCAAGAAGAAGAAAGUUGACCACGCACUUUGUCAAAAAAUAAUUGCAAAAAAUUAUAAUAAUGUGGUGUGCGCGACGUGAAAUUCUCGGGUGCGGGAGGGGCCGCCAGGACGGACGAACAGACGCGUGUCCCUCCCAGUCACAAUCAGGACGCACUGGUUGCAUUCAGUGAAAAGUGGUGCGAUGGAAAGUGGUGCAUGAAAAAGUGUGCUUAGCGCGAGCUAUUAAAAUUUGCUACUUUUUAAAAAUAAAUAAUUAACACAAAAAAUGGAACUCCAGCUUGCAACAGUAUAAAAGCUGAGGGGGCGCGAGCGUGCGCGCCGUGCGAACAGCAGAUUCUUCCCCGGACACGCUGGCGCAGCGCAGGCCGGCGCCCCUGCCUCCUCAGCACACAAAAAUAAAAAGCAUAAAGUACUAUUAUGACAUAGACUAACGAUAUAAGACUCUUGAGUGCGCGCGUGUUUGUGUGCAUGGAGUUCCGAACGCCUUAUUUUUAUAUUACGUUCCACUAUGGUACUUUAUAAUAACGUACGUGGAAAACACACCCGACAGCAUUGAUUGCGUUGUUUCGUAUCUUCAAAUUAUUGAACGAGUCUUUGAUCCAAUUUCAUAAUAAGCGCAAGCGAAGCAAAAAUUACGAUGCAUUACACACGACGGCGAAAAUUAAAAAAAAAAAAUAAUGUAUUUAAGUAAGAGCGAACGAAGAAAAAAAACUAAUCAUGCAACACACGCAGAAAUUAAUUAAUUUGACUACACACAAUAAAUAUAAUUAAACAAGACUCACAAAACAUAAGAAAAACAAACACAUUACAAGAAAAAGUUCUUUAUUCGAACUGAAUUAACGUCGUGACGGUGAAAACUUUUUGCAGUAGAAUAUGUUGUUGUUUUUGCAUGCUCUUUUUCACUUGUUAUUUUUCUAAAUAAAUUGCAACAAUUGAUUUUACAAGAAAAAAGCAUAAAAAAGUAAAUGCAGUGUGAAGGACAAAAGAAAAAGAACAACGGCUAACUAAAGAACUGUAACAGUGUGACAAAAAAAAUCACGAAUAUGACGCAAGAGUAACACACUUACACGACAACAACUCAAAACUUUAUGUGAGAAAAACAAACAAAAAAACACACAUACACACACGCAACAAAAUUUUUAACAA